UGCGCCUGCGCAUGAUACUGUGUUUCGGCCCUGAUGCUCUGCCUUGGUCUCGUAAACUGAAGGUGGUAUUUGUAUCAUUUUAAACGAUUCGAAUUUUAUUUGAGAUAAAGACGCCAUGGCGCAGUACAAGGGAGCCGCCAGCGAAGCUGGGAGGGCUAUGCAGCUGAUGAAAAAGCGAGAAAAAGAACGGGAACAGCUGGAGCAACUGAAACAAAAAAUAGCUGAGGACAACAUGGUGAAGUCCAACAUUGAUAAGAAGUUUUCUGCCCAUUAUGAUGCUGUGGAAGCAGAGCUGAAGUCCAGCACUGUGGGCCUUGUCACUCUCAAUGACAUGAAGGCCAAGCAGGAGGCCCUGGUGAAGGAGCGCGAAAAGCAGCUGGCCAAGAAGGAACAGUCAAAGGAGUUGCAGCUGAAGUUGGAGAAGCAGAAAGAGAAGAAGAGGAAGGAAGAGCAGAAGAGGAAGAUUGCCAGCCUGUCCUUCAACCCUGAAGAUGAAGAGGAGGAGGAGGAAGAGGAGGAGGAGGAAGAAGAGGAAUAUAUCCCAGUAAAGAAGAAGAAACUGGGAAAGAACCCUGACGUGGACACCAGCUUUCUGCCUGACAGGGAUCGAGAGGAAGAGGAGAAUCGUAUGAGGGAGGAGCUUCGGCAGGAGUGGGAACGUAAACAGGAAAAAAUCAAGAGUGAAGAAAUUGAGAUCACUUUCAGCUACUGGGACGGUUCAGGACAUCGCCGGACUGUAAAGAUGAAGAAAGGCAACACCAUGCAGCAGUUUCUGCAGAAAGCUCUGGAAGUCCUCAGGAAAGACUUCAGUGAGCUGAGGUCGGCUGGAGUCGAACAGCUGAUGUAUAUUAAAGAGGAUCUCAUCAUUCCACACCAUCACAGCUUCUACGACUUCAUUGUUACAAAAGCCAGAGGAAAAAGUGGACCGCUGUUUAACUUUGAUGUUCAUGAGGAUGUUCGGUUGCUAAGCGACGCCACAGUGGAAAAAGAUGAAUCUCAUGCAGGGAAGGUGGUGUUGAGGAGCUGGUAUGAAAAAAACAAGCACAUCUUUCCAGCAAGCCGCUGGGAGCCGUACGACCCAGAGAAGAAAUGGGACAAAUACACAAUCCGGUGAAGAAAGUCUCAGCUGUAUAUUGUUAUAUUAUAAUUAUGUAUUAUAAUUAUAAUAUGAUAUCAUUGAUCUUGGACAUUUAUAUUAUCCUAUAACUUUUUGCUCAUUUUACUUGUAACUUGUCUUGGUUUAAUGUAAUAAGAAUGAAAUGAAAAUUAAAUUGAAUGCAUAUUAUUCAUACAAACAUUUGGAGUCCUCUUAGGGAUGACAGUCAGGGUCUCCCCCUUCUUUCCCUCAUCUUUCCAUCUCCUGUUUAGAACUUCCCUUGAGCUCAGCACCAUGCUAUUGUCAGAAGCAGAAUGCUAGCUGCACAGAAAAGCCAACAUGGAACAGUGGAUCUGUGUACAUUUAGUUGUGUUUUGAAUAAACAUUAGAGCGUUCACUAUAAA